AUGGGUCCAGCGAUGGCCGAGCCCAACCCGGGCAUGGCCGAGGCUGUCUCGGCCCCGGUCAACCCUACCACGUCCCGGCCAGAUGAACUAACCGCCACCGCCGAGCCCGACGCUGGCGGUAAAAAGGCCGAGGCUGCCAUUCUCAGCGAUCCCAUGCCCGCCAUCGCCACCCAGAACGACAUCGCUCCUGCCGCCACCGAAGAUCACGGCAACACCGACGAUCACCACCGUCGCCCGUCGACUGCAGAGCAGCGCGCCGCCGACACGCUACCGGCCGCCUCGGCCGCCGCCGUGUCCCGCAACACGUCACGCGGGGGCAGCGUCGCCCUUCAGAUGACGCCCAGCCGCGAAAAGACCCGAUCCGCCUCCAGCUCCUCCGAAAACGGUGACGACGACGGAAGCAGCGGCAGCAGCAACGCCAGUCUCAGCGAAAAGGGCGGCAGCAGCAAGAAGAAGAAAAAGGCCAAAAAGGGUGGCGACGGCGACGGAACCGCCAAAAAGGUCGGCUUCAAGGAACUCUUCCGCUACGCGACCAAGUGGGACAUCUUCUUCAACUCGUGCGGCAUCAUUGCCGCCGCCGUCGCUGGUGCCGCUCAGCCAUUGAUGACCAUCGUGUUCGGAAACCUUACGACGGCCUUCCUCGAGUUCAGCAAUGCCGCCGCAGGCAAGGGCGACAUCGAUGUCGCACGGCGCCACCUCGACGACGAGGUGCUCCGCGGCGUCCUCUUCCUCAUCUACAUCGGCAUCGCCAUGUUCGCUGCCACCUACAUCUACAUGGCCUCGUGGGUGUAUUCGGGCGAGGCCAUCACGCGGCGGAUCCGGGAAAAGUACCUGCAGGCCGUGCUGCGCCAGGACAUCAGCUACUUUGACAUCCUUGGUGCCGGCGAGAUCACCACGCGCAUCCAGACCGACAUCCAGCUGAUCCAGGAGGGCAUCAGCGACAAGAUCCCCAUCAGCGUCACCUUCAUCGCCGCCUUCGUUGCCGGUUUCGCCGUCGCCUACUCGAGGAGCUGGAAGCUGGCGCUCGUCAUGACGUCGAUCAUCCCGUGCAUCAUUGCCGCCGGCAUCGCCAUGAACGCCGUCGUGGCCAAGCUGCAGCAGUCGGAGCUCGACCACGUCUCCAAGGCCGCCUCGAUCGCCGAAGAGUCGCUUGCCACCGUCCGCACCGCCAAGGCGUUUGGCGUCGAGGGCAAGCUCGUCAACCUCUACCACGACCUCAACCGCCGCGCCACGAGGGUCGGCGUGCGCAAGGCCAUGGUCCAGGGCGCCGGCCUGGGCGUCUUCUUCUUCAUCAUCUACUCGGGCUACGCGCUGGCCUUCUACUUUGGCGGCAAGCUGGUCGCCUCUGGCGAGAUCGCUGCGGGCGUCGUCAUGAACGUCAUCUUUUCCAUCCUUAUCGGCGCCUUUUCCAUGGCCAUGAUGGCGCCCAACAUGCAGGCGCUCUCGUACGCCUUUGGCGCCGGUGCCAAGGUGUUUGAGACCAUCGACCGCGUGCCCGCCAUCGACUCGGCCGACCCGAGCGGGCUCAAGCCCGACUCGUGCCACGGCGAGCUGACUUUCACCGGCAUCGAGUUCAGCUACCCUGCCCGACCUGACGUGACGAUCCUCGACAACUUUAACCUCACCGUGCCCGCCGGCAAGGUCACCGCGCUGGUCGGAGCCUCUGGUUCGGGCAAGAGCACCAUCGUCUCGCUCGUCGAGAGGUUCUACGACCCGCUGGCGGGAGUGGCCGCGCUGGACGGCAUCGACCUCAAGUCCCUCAACCUCAAGUGGCUGCGCACCCAGAUCGGCCUCGUAUCGCAGGAGCCCACCCUGUUCGCCACCGACAUCCGCGGCAACAUCGCCCACGGCUUGAUCAACACGCCGUUCGAGCAUGCCUCGGCCGAGGAGAAGGAGGCGCUCGUGGUCGAGGCGGCCAAGAAGGCCAACGCCCACGGCUUCAUCUCGCAGCUGCCCGAGGGCUACAAGACCAUGGUCGGCGAGCGUGGCUUCCUUCUCUCUGGUGGUCAGAAGCAGCGCAUCGCCAUCGCGCGCGCCAUUGUCAAGAACCCGCGCAUCCUCCUUCUCGACGAGGCCACCAGCGCCCUCGACACCCAGUCCGAAGCCGUCGUCCAGGACGCUCUGGAAAAGGCCAGCGAGGGCAGGACCACGAUCACCAUCGCGCACCGCCUCAGCACCAUCAAGACGGCCGACAAGAUUGUCGUCAUGGGCAAGGGCGUCAUCCUCGAGACGGGCACUCACGAGAGCCUGCUCGCCGCCGCCGGCCCCUACGCCCAGCUGGUCGACUCGCAGCGGAUCCGGGCCAACGUCGACAGCCAGAACCUCUACGAGAGCGACGACUUCAGCGCGGCUGGCAACGCCGACGAUGCCGGGCUGGCGCUCAAGGGCCAGCUGAGCCGCGGCGAAAAGGACGCCAUCCGCGAGGAGGCCAAGGCAGAGAUGCCCGCCGGCCUUGACCGGGCCAUGUCCAAGCAGAGUGUCACCAGCGCCAUCCUGGCCAAGCGCGAGGCCGACCGCGACACCGGCAGCGAAAAGGUGCCCAGCAUCUUCUGGCUACUCUACCGCCUGGCUUUGGUCAACCGCGACCAGCUCGUCCGGCUGUACCUGCCCGGCGUCAUCGCCUCGAUCGCCUCGGGAGCCGCCUACCCCGCCUUUUCCAUUCUGUUCGGCCGCGCUCUCGAAAACUACUCGCUGUGCAGCGGCGGCGGCCGAUGCCCCGAACCGCAGAGGAGCACGAUGCUGGCUGGAUCCGAGAAGUGGGCGCUCUACUUUUUCGUCAUCGCCAUCCUGUCGUCGGUCGCCAUCGCGAUCCAGACAAACACGCUGAUGUUGGCUAGCUCGAUCCUCAUGGAGCGCCUUCGCAGGCUCAGCUUCGCCGCCUACCUCCGCGCCGACGUCCACUACCACGACGAGGACGGCCACUCGUCCGGCUCGCUCUCCAACUCGCUCGCCGACAACUCGCAGAAGAUCAAUGGCCUGGUCGGCGUCACGCUCGGCACCAUCAUCCAGUCGCUGUCGACGCUGCUGACGGGCUCCAUCAUCGCGCUCAUCUACGGCUGGAAGCUGGCGCUGGUCGUCAUCGCCUGCAUCCCGCUCACGCUCUCGGCGGGCUUCUUCCGCCUCAAGCUCGUCGUCCUCAAGGACGCCAAGAUCAAAAAGGCCCACUCGGGCUCGGCGCAGCGCGCCUGCGAGGCCGCCUCGGCCAUCCGCACCGUCGCCUCGCUGACGCGCGAGGACAACUGCCUCGAGAUCUACAGGGAGGAGCUGCGCGAACCGGGAAGGAUCUCGCGCAACACUGCCCUGUACGGCAAUGCCCUCUACUCGCUGUCGCAGGCCCUGUCGUUCUGGGUCAUCUCGCUCGGAUUCUGGUACGGCUCGCAGCUGCUGCGCACCGGCGAGUACGGCUCGGGCCAGUUCUUCACCAUCUUCACCGCCGUCGUCUUCGGAUCGAUCCAGGCGGGCAACGUCUUCAACUUUGUGCCCGACAUCUCCAACGCCAAGACGGCGGCGUGGGACAGUAUCAAGCUUCUCGACAUGGUGCCCGAAAUUGACUCGGAGUCGAGCGAGGGCAAGGUGCUCGAUCAGGUCGCGGGCCACGUCCAGCUGCAGGACGUCCACUUCCGCUACCCGACGCGGACCUCGGUGCGCGUGCUGCGCGGCCUGACGCUCGACAUCAAGCCGGGCACAUACUGCGCCCUGGUGGGAGGCAGCGGUUGCGGAAAGUCGACGACGAUCCAGCUGAUCCAGCGCUUCUACGACACCGUCUCCGGCUCGGUCAAGAUUGACGGCCACGAUCUGACGGAGCUCAACCUCAAGGAGAUCCGCAAGCAUAUGGCGCUCGUCUCGCAGGAGCCGACGCUCUACGACGGUACCAUCGAGUUCAACAUCCGACUGGGCGCGUUUGAGGACGCCGACACGGUGACAAAGGAGCAGCUGCGCGAGGCGGCGGCGCAGGCCAACAUCCUGAGCUUUAUCGAGUCGCUGCCGGACAAGUGGGACACCGAGGUGGGAGGCAAGGGCACGCAGCUCUCGGGCGGGCAGAAGCAGCGCAUCGCCAUCGCGCGCGCGCUGAUCCGCAACCCAAAGAUCCUGCUGCUCGACGAGGCGACGAGCGCCCUCGACUCGGACUCGGAAAAGGUGGUGCAGGAGGCGCUCGACAAGGCGUCGCGCGGCCGCACCACGAUUGCCAUUGCGCACCGCCUCAGCACCAUUUCGCGCGCCGACCGCAUCUUUUGCCUCAAGGAUGGCGUCGUCGCCGAGGCGGGCGACCACAAGACGCUCAUGGCCAAAAAGGGCAUCUACGCCGACCUGGUGCAGAUGCAGGAGCUGCAGAAGGAGCAGUAG